CUCCUGGACGUCGAGGGGCUGGAGCAGGACCCCCCCCCUCCUCCUCCUCCUCCGCCCUCCUCCGACCCUUCUCCCUACGGGAAGUGCUCCCGGACCUUCAUCUCCUUCAGCGACGACGAGACCUUCGAGCGCUUCUUCCCGAAAUCCAAACCCCCCCGGCUGCCGGUGCGGGAGCUGUGCCCGGUGACCCACCGGCCGGCCCUGUACCGGGACCCCGUCACCGACAUUCCCUACUCCAGCAUCCGCGCCUUCCGCAUCAUCCGCGAGGCCUACAAGAAGUACAUCACGGCCCACGGCCUGCCCGGAGCCUCCCUGGGAAUUCCGGCGCCUCCCGACCCCGGAGCCGCUCCCGGAGGAGCCGGAGCGGCCGCGGCCCGGCCGGGGAGGCAGAAGAUCGUCAUCAAACAGAGCGUUCCCAGCGCCUGAGCCCAGGGAAUGGCGGGAGAAUGGUGGGAUAACGGUGGGAUAAUGGUGGGAUAACGGCGGGAUAAUGGUGGGGAGGGAGCGGGAGAACGGCCCGGAUAGAAGCGGGAUAAAACCGGGAUAAUGCCAGGGGACGGCAGGGAUGGGAGCAGGACACAGCUGGGAUAACUCCCGGAUAGAAAUGGGAUAAAACUGGGAUAUAACCAGGAUAGAAACGGGAUACAAGCAGGAUAAUGGCGGGGAUGGAAGCGGGAUACAGCCGGGAUAACGCCCGGAUAGAAGCGGGAUAAAACCGGGAUAAUGCCAGGGGACGGCAGGGAUGGGAGCGGGACACAGCUGGGAUAACUCCCGGAUAGAAAUGGGAUAAAACUGGGAUACAACCGGGAUAAUGCUGGGGGAUGGCGGGAAUAGGAAUGGGAUACAGCCAGGAUAACACCAGGAUAGAAAUGGGAGAAAACAGGGAUAAAACCGGGAUAAUGCCAGGGGACGGCAGGGAUAGGAACGGGAUAUAGCUGGGAUAACAUUGGGAUAGAAACGGGAUAAAACUGGGAUACAACCAGGAUAACACUGGGAUACAGCAGGGAUAGAAACACACUGGAUAAAACCAGGAUAAGGCAGGGAUACACCUGGGAUACACCUGGGAUACACCUGGGAUCCCACUGGGAUGGACUGGGGACACGGGGGGGUCCCGGCCCCCCGGCAGCGGCGCUUCCUUGGAUUUAUCCCGUUCCAGGGGCUUGUUUUCCCUGGGGGGGGUGUGUUAUCCUGUGACAGGGUUCCGGAUUUUUGUAGGCAAAAAAAUAGGAAUAAAUGGAAGUUUUGGC